AUGAUACGAACAGGAAGGAUCGAAUGGAUUGUCUCCAAGCCGCUGGUUCGUUUAUACUCCAACGGCAUAUCUUCAUCCGGAGCAGGAUUGACGAAGACGUGGGAAACGAGGAAAGGACGCCGUCUGCUUGAUCGAACCGAGUUCCCCCAUUCCAAUCAUCGCUCGCUCCGUUAUUUGCCGUUCAGCAAGAUAUCCUCUAGUCCCAUCACAGCACCAUCACCAUCAUCAUCAUCCGCAUCAUCUUCAUCCUCAAACCCAACGCCUCAUUCAAUCGACCAUUAUCCCAAAACGACAUCUUCUCCCUAUUUUUCAUUACGAAGUUUUUUCAGCAAACUUACUGAUCAUCAUCAACAACAAGAGCAACAAGACCAGAAAUCGUCCGAGUUCAGAGGCGAAGAACGGGCAGAUCCGGUCGGGUUGUUCGGCAAACUGAGACAAUUGACCAAGCUUUAUGGAAGCGCUGCGCUGGUUGUCUAUGGGCUUCUUGGGGGGAUCGAUUUUGGAUUAUCGUUUGUGACGAUCUACUUAGUGGGCGCGGAGCAUGUCAGGAAAGCAGAAGACUGGCUACUCGAUCAAUUGAACUGGAAACGAGCUCAUUCUACUAGCCCAUUGCCAUCACCCACUGCUACUACUAACACCACUACCGAUGGGGAAGAAGCAACAAAGAGGGACGAUAAUAAUAUGCUAUGGACUACCGCGGUAGUGGCUUACACGAUCCAUAAAACUAUCCUCUUGCCCUUUCGGAUCGGCCUUACCGCUUGGAUCACUCCACCAAUUGUCAGACAUCUUCGAAAACGCGGAUGGAAAGUAGGAAGGAAUCUAGGAUGA